CAGGAAGUUACGUUUUACGCAGCCUCAUUGACGUAGUACGUAAAUAAGUUGUCCAAGCUGUUAGCUGAGGUUGUUGACUUCCUUUUUGAUCAUCUCUUGUUCUGAAAUAUUGAUGACAGGUCGAAAAUAAUUUUCCAGCGUUCAGAAAUAGAUCGGCGCUGACAUUUUAAUUUACAAGAAAACAUGAUAUGACUUCGUAACACGAAUAAAAAGAACGCAUCGCGUGCGCAGGAAACCGAGGUUUUGAUCAACCAGCUAGCGGGUUCAGUUCGUGGUUUCUCCGGGAGAGAAUGAACUGGUUUUUCCCCCAGUCUAAAGGCUCUGGACCGCUCCCUCUCAACAGCCUACAGCAACAAAGACAGCGGCAGAUCGAGUCCCUGAAAGCUGCUCAUCCCAGCCUUGCCGAGAUCCAGAAAGAUGUCGAGUACAGAAUACCUUUCACAAUCAACAACUCUACCAUUAGUGUUAACAUUUUGCUGCCUCUUCAGUUCCCUCAGGACAAGCCGGUGGUUACUGUUUACCCCCCUGUUGGCCAUCAUUUAGUAGACAGCAAUAAUGGCACCACCAUCAUCAGCCCCCUCAUCACUAAUUUUGGCAUGCACUCAGAUCUGGGUAAGGUCAUUCAGAGUCUACUGGAUGAGUUCUGGAAAAGUCCUCCUGCCUUGAUGUCCUCUGGAACUGCAGGCUUUCCUUUUAUGUACAAGCCAUCAGGCAUCCCUCCUUAUCCCUCCCAGGCUUUCCAUUAUGGUCCUCGCCAUGUUGGUCCCAGUCCAACGCCGCCUCCAGGUUCCGGUCCAGCUCCGUCACCCGCCCCCAUGCCUCACCCAGGGGUUGACAUGGCUCACGGACCCCCUCGAGCUCCUGCAUACGGACUGAUAACUGACCUGCCAGUACCCAUCCCGACUGGAGACUCACAGGCGGGGCUGAAUGGACACGUGUACAAGAUGCCCGAGAUUCCCGAGUCUUUUCCUGAACUCUGUGACAUGAAUUUGACUCAGUUGUCAGAGAUGUCUGAAAACGAGGUUGUGCUGCUGGAGUUCUUUGCGGGUUUGCCACAACUCAAACAAGUUGCCAGUGAUAAAGAAGAGUUCAUCACAAGUAUAGUGGAGAUGGCGAGAAAAAACCUGCAGAUGGAGCCACAGCUGGAGGGAAAGAGACAAGAGAUGCUCUACAAGUAUGAACAGCUGACUCAGAUGAAGUCAGCUUUUGAGACAAAGAUGCAGAGGCAGCACGAGCUCAGUGAGAGUUGCAGUUUAAGCACUCUACAGGCUCGGUUAAAGGUUGCAGCCCACCAGGCUGAGGAGGACUCAGAGGAAACGGCUGAAAGCUUUCUCGAGGGUCGCAUCGACAUCGAUGAAUUCCUGACGAGCUUCAUGGAAAAACGAACGCUUUGCCACAGCAGAAGGGCCAAAGAGGAGAAGUUGCAACAGUCUAUAAACACACAUGGGCCGUUUCCUCCUAGUCACUAAAACAGAAGGUUUGGUGUUUUUCAGCAAACUGCUGCCAGUGGAUAAAAGACUUUAAAGGGGUCGAAAGCACACCGAGUCAACGACGGGCACUUUAAAGAAACAACAAGAAGGCGACGGCAAAGUUGGGCUAAAAAAAAGAAACAUCCUGAAUUUAUCAUAGGCCAAAAAGUGGGAAAAUAAACACUUCCCUGGAAGAUCCAGUCCCAUCACUAAUGAUUGAACACAUCGUAGUUAAUGUUCUUUGAGUGUUCUGUUUUGAUUUGAGUCGAGAUGAAAAGUUUAGUUUUAUUCCUAGAUUUAUGUCAGACUUCUCAGAGGAUCACCUGCACUGAUCAGACGGUUUGAUGUAGACACGUUUUGAAGCAGACAUGCAUUUCUUUAAGGUUAGAAUAGAAGAAGUGGUGGAGUGCCACAGUUGGUGUUUGUACUGUCCUUCUCUGGUGUCAUUUUCCAGUCCUCAGAGGCCUCCUUUUCUACUUUUCAAAGACGCUGUGCAACAAUGGCACGUUAUUUAUUCUGUUUAUUUUUAAAAGAAUGUUUCUGACAUUCACAUGGAUCACAUGGCAAAAUGUCCUACCGAUGACGUGAUUCGUCUUAAACAAUUCAUGGUUACAAAAGAGGUUUUAGAAAUAAAGAGUGUAAGCAGAUGCAGUGCAGUGUUGACAGGAGAUAUUUGACUCAAGCUGUUUGAACUAAAACUGUGCUUUUUAACUGAGAAAAGUUUAUUUCUUUUGUUUAAGAGUUUUGAUUUACACUUAACGUAAAUCCUAAAUGCAGUCUUUAUUUCAGUGUGUUUGCAUAAACAUUAAUAAAUUUAUUUCAGCAACAAUUUACCUAUUAUAAAUGUUAUUUAUUUAAUAAAAUCAAAGUGAGCAGAAAAGAUAAUACAACGUACACCAGUCGAAUCUUGAGUUAUUGAAUUUAAAGUUGUCUUCUCGUCGUUGAACAUCUUACAUUAGUCAUCAGGCUACUGUAUCCACAUGAAUUAUUUGCUCUAUCCUUUUUUUUUUUUAAGUCUGUUACCUUAAUUUAUUUAUGCUGAUGCAAACACACUGACCACAAGUUGUCCCUGAUAUGCACAGCAACAACAGCUGUAUUCUGACAUCUUUUGAACUCUGUGAUGAAAAGCCUCAAAGGAAAUGGGAUAAUGUUGAGAGGUAUUGGGUUAAAUGCUGCAGUAAAGCUUAGUGGCAUCGAUUACUGUAUUUAAAUGUUAAUAAUAGGCUAUAUUAUAAUCAAAGACUCAGACACCUUGUAUCAUAUGUUCUUAUUUAAUUUGCUAGAUUAAUAAAGCCUUUCAGACUAA